CUGCAUCCGCCUGUCAAUACCAGCGCUUAUCUCAUUCCAACAAAUCAAUCACAAACACAGAUAUACAUUCACAAAGCGGUGUUUUAUCCUAGUCGUCGCACACAAAACGCCACUUACAUCGCGUCGCGAUGGAAUUGGCGUUUGUUUGCAUUACAAACAGGUAUGUUGAAAUCUUUUAACUGCAAACACUAUUGGACGAAUACAAUCACGCUUAAUCAAAUCUUUUUCAUUAAUGUCAUGCACGUAAUAAAAACACAAGAGGAUUGUCAACAGUACUAGAACCGUGCUUUAACGCUUAGUGGUAAGCAUUCGCCCGUAUGAAAUGACGGAAUCACACUGUUAACUUAGUCAGUCUGGCGACAGCAGAUUCUCAACACACUACUUGUACAGUAUUCACAGGUAGGAAAGAUUGUCAGAUUGUUCGGUAGAUCAUAUUGCUAUAUAUGCCUGACAAGUCGUUCCCAUUGUGAUUUUGACAAAACAUUCGAAAUGGAUUUUGUGAAGGUGACACUGCUGGGACUUCUCCACUUCAGCGUCAGUGACGGCGCCAGCUACAUCGACCUGCAACGCCUCCAUAACAACCUCCUAAACGACUACCAGCCAAACCUCCGUCCCGUCAAUGACUCCGCGCAAACAGUGUUUGUUAACACGGACAUUGCAGUGUCCAAAAUAGUCACCCUGGACGCAACCCGUGAAAUCUUGGUCACGUGGUUGGACCUUGUGGUCACGUGGACGGACGAGAGGUUGACGUGGGAUGACAAGAAGUACACAGAUGUAAGAACGAUUAACUUUCCCAGAUCCAAAAUAUGGGUCCCGGAACUUCAAGUCCUCAAAACUCACAGUGGUAAGGACACGUUCGGUGAGGCUGACAACGCUAUUCAGGUUUUUCCCGACGGCAAAGUCGAGUGGUAUAUUGAUCUAGAGACAAGAACACCUUGUCCUAUGCGUCUCACGAAGUUCCCUUUUGACAUCCAUACCUGCUCAAUCACAAUGACCACCUCCUAUCACAGGGAGCUGGAUGUCAACGUCAGUGAUGUCACCUUCACUGCCGAGGAUGUCAUCGACACUGGUGAAUGGGCAAUGACGAGGGCCUCAGCAAAGAGAGUAACCCUUCGCGAACGCGGACCCAAGGGUGGAGUGAGUAUGACACUGAUCCUGCAGCGUCGUCAAGGUUACUAUAUCUUUAGUCUGAUAAUGCCCCUGUUUAUUGUUACUUUCGUCAAUCCUUGUGUGAUCCUGGUCAAGUCCAACAGUGGCGAGAAGACGUCAACAUCGGUCACCCUCUUCCUGUCCUUCACCAUCUUCAUCACCCUCCUCACUGAUCUGCUACCACAGUCGUCCAAAGAUAUUCCAAUCUUGACCAUCAUUGUCUACACGCUAUUCGUGUUCAGUUCUUCCAUCGUGGCAUACUGCAUUGUUUCACAACGGCUAAGUCAGAGAGAGAAACACAGUAGGUUGACGCGGAUCUUUGCUUCCGUUCUCCUGAAGAAAUGCAAGAAGAAGGUUGUACAGCCAGCCACUCCACCAGACGCUGGUGACGACUCAAAGGAAGAAGACCUGGAGGAGUUCACAGACUUUCCUCUUCUGGCAGAUAAACUGGACAAAGUGGUGUUUGUUAUCUGCGUGUUUUACACCUCUCUGGUUAUGAUCGGUGCCCUACUUUCUCUCCUUUUAAAAUGAUUGUGAAUUGUCGGUCAUGUGAACAAUGGAUGAAAAGCAAUUCUCUUAAAUAUCAUGAGCAGCCUCCUACCAAUUAGGAUCAGAGCUUUAAAAUCAUUAUGAAUGCUGUCUAAGCAUAUGCCAAAAAAUGGGCCAAAAGAGAAGAACCUGUUGAAUGUCUUUCAGAGUGGAUUAAGUUAGUUUGUGAUGUUGUCAUUGGUAGAAAAACAAACUGAAAAAGAAGAAACAGAAAUUGAACAAACCCACCCUGCCCCAAGCAGUUGUCGCCCAAAGCCGGACUGCCCUACAUAAAAAGUUUGUAGUUGUCCCACUGAAAAGGCUUCUAAAAGGAUUUGCUUGACUUAUUGCAAGCUCAGGAAAGAACCAGGUCCAAUCAUGUCAAAACAUUUGAUUUUUAAACUUUGUAAACCACUUUCUGACAUGAAUAAAUUAAGGAAUUAUGCCAUUCCCUGAUCCAUCAGGGUAUUGUUACAAAACGUGGUGACCAUAGAUAUAGUCACAUGUCUAUCUUCUAAAGUUCAAGGCAAUUUGUCUAUAUUGAAAGCAAAUGUCAUCUGAAGUUUACUGAGGAAACAAUGUGUGAAAUGCUGGACUUUCUCACUGAUAACUCGAUGGUAUUUUGGAAUGCCAUGAUGAUGUUGC